ACAGAUUCAUGUCCCAGACGAUAUGUUUCCUAGCGUGUGGAGGAUUGUUGGUAUAAUAAUACCAACUGUAGCAGCCAUUGUAGCUGUUGUUGUGCUGUUCUACUUUUGCAGAAAACAUCGUCAUAAAGUCAAGAAAGAAGUGAAAAAAAAUCUAGAUCUUCAGACUAAGCUGGAUACAGAGGAGCGCAUUAGACAGCAUGUAGAGGAGAAGGUUGUCGGGUUUUUGGAUGCGCGCAGGCCGAAGCUCGUUGACAAUGUUACCAAGGUGAUGGACAUUGCAGACACCCUGACGAUCCAACAACAGGAUUACUCUGAUAUCUGUGCUGCUGGGACCAACGUGGAGAAGAUGAGGGUUCUGUUCACGGCUGUAGAUUCAGGCGGGGAAAAGGUGAAAUCGGCUUUUUACAGAAGUCUGAUGAGAGAAGAACCUGAUUUAGUCCUAGACAUACUGAAAGAAGACCCUGAUCGAGUCAUAAACCUACUGGGUGAAGAACUGGGUAUAUCUCCAAAAACAGAUGUUGUUGAUGUUGAUCCACCUGAUGAACCUGGGAGUAACAGAGUUGAAAUGAUGGAGAUGCAACCUUUACUGGGUCCUGGAUCAGAGACGGAGAGAGGAGGAAGACAGGCUGUUGAUGCUCUAGAAGACCAGGAGAGAGAGGAGGGAAGACAGGCUGUUGAUGCUCUAGAAGACCAGGAGAGAGAGGAGGGAAGACAGGCUGUUGAUACUCUAGAAGAUCAGGAGAGAGAGGAGGGAAGACAGGCUGUUGAUGCUCAAGAUGACCAGGAGAGAGAGGAGGGAAGACAGGCUGUUGAUACUCUAGAAGAUCAGUUGGGAGAGGAGGGAAGACAGGCUGUUGAUGCUCUAGAAGACCAGGAGAGAGGAGGGAAGACAGGCUGUUGAUGCUCUAGAAGACCAGGAGAGAGAGGAGGGAAGACAGGCUGUUGAUGCUCUAGAAGACCAGGAGAGAGAGGAGGGAAGACAGGCUGUUGAUGCUCUAGAAGACCAGGAGAGAGAUGAGGGAAGACAGGCUGUUGAUGCUCUAGAAGACCAGGAGAGAGAGGAGGGAAGACAGGCUGUUGAUGCUCUAGAAGACCAGGAGAGAGAGGAGGGAAGACAGGCUGUUGAUGCUCUAGAAGACCAGGAGAGAGGAGGGAAGACAGGCUGUUGAUGCUCUAGAAGAUCAGGUGGGAGAGGAGGGAAGACAGGCUCUUGAUGCUCUAGAAGAUGCCCUAGAAGAUCACUAGAGAGAGGAGGGAAGACAGGAUGUUGAUGCUCUAGAUGAUGCCCUAGAAGAUCACUAGAGAGAGGAGGGAAGACAGGCUCUUGAUGCUCUAGAACACCAGGAGAGAGAGGAGGGAAGACAGGCUGUUGAUGCACUAGAAGACCAGAGAGAGAGGAGGGAAGACAGGAUGUUGAUGCUCUAGAAGACCAGGAGAGAGGAGGGAAGACAGGCUGUUGAUGCUCUACAAGACCAGGAGAGAGGAGGGAAGACAGGCUGUUGAUGCUCUAGAAGACCAGGAGAGAGAGGAGG